GUCAGUCCGUGACGCGCAGAAAGAGAGAGAGAGAGGGACUUCCACAGAGCUCGGAAUAAUGCGCGGCGCAUUUCGCCGUAAACAUGUGUGAAGGGUUUUAAGUGGUUCUUAUGCCUAGGAGCUGCUCUGUGAUGAGAUAGGUUUGUUAAACAUUUGCGUCUUUUGUGCUUAAUCGACGACGAAGUGAAGAACGCGCGCAACACCGACAAGUCUCAGCGCAGCUUCUGUUUUCCUGCAGCUGACACCCUCUGCUGAUGUGAAAUGGGUUUGUGUGGCAGGAAAGUGCUGACGCUCCUCAGCAGUGUGUUUGCUGUGUGUAGUCUGGGGCUGCUGGGUAUUGCCGUCAGUACCGACUACUGGCUUUACCUGGAAGAAGGGGUCAUCCUCCCUCUCAACCAGAGCACCGAAAUCCGCAUGUCUCUACAUUCAGGGUUAUGGAGGGUCUGUUUUCUUUCAGAGUCACCAGCUUCGGGGACAGUGUUACCAACUGGUAAAUCAGGAGAUGAAAAGGGACGCUGCUUCACCAUAGAAUAUGUGAUGCCCAUGAAUGUUCAGAUGACAUCAGAGUCUACAGCCAGCGUUCUGAAAAUGAUCCGUUCCGCUACUCCUUUCCCAUUGGUCAGUCUAUUCUUCAUGUUCAUUGGAUUUGUGCUGAGUAAUAUUGGACAUAUUCGCCCUCAACGCACUAUUCUGGCCUUCAUCUCUGGAAUCUUCUUUAUCCUGUCAGGUCUGUCCCUCGUGGUUGGUCUGGUUCUGUAUAUAUCCAGCAUUAAUGAUGAGAUGCUGAACAGAACCAAAACAAAUGAAGCUUAUUUCAGUUAUAAAUAUGGAUGGUCUUUUGCUUUUGCUGCAGUCUCCUUCCUGCUUACUGAGGCAGCAGGUGUUAUGUCUGUCUACUUGUUUAUGAAGCGCUACACAGCAGAGGAGAUGUACAGACCCCACCCAGGUUUCUACCGUCCACGUCUCAGCAACUGUUCUGACUAUUCUGGUCAGUUCCUGCAUCCAGAUGCCUGGACUCGUGGACGCAGCCCUUCUGACAUCUCCAGUGAAGCAUCCCUCCAAAUGAAUUCAAACUUCCCUGCCCUUCUCAAGUGUCCUGACUAUGAUCAGAUGUCCUCAUCACCCUGUUGAGAUUAUAAAUACACAUUAGUGAUAUCUGAGAAAGAGAGAGCUCUAUAGGUAGUUCUGGAAGAUGCUGUGCUGGACUGGUUUCAGCACCAGAGAUCAUAAUGUGUUUGGACAGAGGAUUAACUUUAUUUGUCUUUGAGAGCCUUCAAUACUAAUGCAGUCUUUCUGAAUUAAAUACAUCAUUUGGUGGUAUCAUGUUAUUUGUAGUGCACCACACUGAUGUGUAGCAAAUAGUACCUUUGCCUUUUCUUAAAACUCUGAAUUUUGUAGAAUAUUUUCAUUGGAACAGUCCAUUGUUUUCUUUGUAAUUUUUUUUUUUAUCAAAGCUGCUUUAAUUGGAAAAAAAGAUGUAUGUUUUAUAGAAACUAGAAAUGGUGAUACACAAUAAGUGUUUAAUUGAAUACAUAAAUACUGAUUCAUUAUGGCCAUUAAAGUACAGGCCUGAGAAGAAAAUACAAUAAUCUGGUUUCUGCCCUUAUGCACUUUAAUGAAAUAACUGUAAAACUGAGAUUAAUUGAUGUUUUAUAUUAUCGUUAUGUGUUGUUGUGUCACGGGUGAGAUUUAUAGUUUUUUUAAGUUAUUUGAUGGCAUUCUGCCUUCUACAUUCAGCACAUUGAUGAUUUAAAAAACAGUUAAAAAAACAAGGAAAACUUGUAUGUAUUGUUGAUUGUUUAAUUCUGGUGUAUAUAAUAUAAAAUAAUAAACAUAUAGGUCAAAUUUA